AUGACCUGCUCGUACGUCUUGGACGCCUACACGCGUUGCCGCGAGACAAUGAAAGAGGGAGCACUGGUGGACGGCAGUGAGCACACAGGCUCCAGCUUCACGCCGAUCUGGCGGAGAGUGUUCUUCGUGGGCACCGAAUGGGACCAGAUCGACGAGGUUUACAGGUUUCCGUGGGAUUUCAGCCACCUCGACAGGGACGUGGUUCAGUUUCUGCAAGAGCCGUCGGCGUUUCGGUGGUAUCUCUUCGGGGCCACUGAACCGCAACUCGUGCACUGGCAGCAACAGGAGACCGUUCUGCCUAUUCCGGUAGUCGUCGUCGUCCAAAGUAAAGUGCCGCCGCCGGCACUCGUCGGCAUCAAGUCCGUCCAGCGCACAACCGAGCAAGUCGUUCCGAUGCGGGCCGUGAAAAUGGAGUUCUUUCCACUCGACGUAUCCGAGAUGGAUGCGCACAACCUAACGCCGUCUAAGAAAAAGCUCGAAACUCAGCAACGCGUGACCGAUCGAGUCCAGAUUUUGCAGUGCGAACAGCGUCGAAGCAGUUUGCGGGCGCUGUCGGCGGAACGACUCCACCGCUAUGACUACGUGCUGCCGUAUGCGCUGCGGGCUGAGCUGCAGCAGGACGCCAACACGGACCUGGUUGUUGAUACAACCGUCGACGGUAUCGCUGAGAUACCUGAGCGCCCCGGACAACCGGUCCUUUUUGAGUUCGACUGGGAGAUGGAUAUUCUCGAGGAAUAUAUAACGGAACUGCUGGAGAGCGAGUCUCUGGCGAAUACUGAAGCCAAUCGAACAGCGCUGCGGCAAACGAUUCAACAAGCUAUUCAACAGAGACAGGCCGCAUUGCGAGCGGAGCAGUCAGCGCGGGAACGACGCCUGCAAGCAAUGACGCCCGCUGAGCGCGAGUCGUACCAGUCCAUGCGUGUUAUCAAGUAUUAUCCGCAGAAUCGAGAGCCCAGUAUUCAGGCCCUCAAAACAGCUUUCGUGAAUCGUUAUUACGGAAAAGCUGACGAGAUACGAUAA